AUGCGCUUCACAACACAACAACAAACCCGAGGCCACGCCGGCCACGGCCACCAUCACCACCACCAUGACAACGUCUAUCUGACCUCGACCAACAAAAAGGACGCCGGUGUACGCAUCACCCGCAUCGGGCUAUACUCCAACCUAGGCAUGGCCAUCGUCAAGGGCGCCGGCGGCUACGCCUUCAACUCGCAGUCGAUGGUGGCCGACGCCUGGCACUCGCUCACCGACCUGGCCUCGGACGUGCUGACGCUAGCCACCGUCAGCUGGAGCUUGCGCCCGCCCACGGCCGCCUUCCCGCAGGGCUUCGGCAAGGUCGAGAGCUUGGGGUCGCUGGGCGUGUCGAGCAUGCUGCUGUUUGGCGGGCUGUUUAUGUGCAUGAGCAGCUGCGAGAGCCUGUACGCACAUUUCUUUUUGGAUGCUGAGGCGGCGAGGCAGGUGCUGGAGCAUGCGCACGGUCAUGGCCACCAUCACCACGGUCAUGGGCAUGGGCAUGGGGUGGGCGGUGCGCCGAGUCUGCAUGCUGCGUGGCUUGCCGCGGGCACGGUGGCGGUUAAGGAGUGGUUGUACCAUGCCACAAUGAAAAUCGCCCGCGAGCGCAAGUCAUCCGUCCUCGCAUCCAACGCAGUCCACCACCGCGUUGACUCCCUCACAGGCAUCGUCGCCCUGCUCGCCAUUCUCGGCGCCAACCUCCUCAAGGACGCCACAUGGCUGGACCCGGUUGGCGGCCUGUUCAUUUCGCUCUUGGUCAUCCGCGCCGGCUUCUCCAACACCCUCUCGGCGCUCUAUGAGCUAGCCGACCGGUCCAUCGACAAGGAAGUGAGCGAGUCGGUCUCUAAACAAGUGGUAAAGAGCCUCGAGGACGUGGCGCUGGGGCACGAGGUCGAGCUGCGUGACGUGACGGGCGUCAAGUCCGGGCAGAACUACCUCGUGGACUUGGAACUGGCGGUGCCGAGUGCGUGGACGGUCGAGGAGGUGCAUGAAGUGGAGGACGCCGUGCGGACACGGGUGGGCGGCAAGGUCCGAGGCGUGAGGCGGGUGCGGGUCCGGUUCGUGCCCAAGACGGCGCCCGUGCCGGACCGGUUUGAUGAGUUCAUCCCGGGUGAUGUGAGUCCCCGGAGCAGUCCGGAGCCGGAGGAUGAGGAUGGAAACCAUGACCAUGACCAUGACCAUGGGAAGGGACAUCACAAGGAGGAGUAA